AUGGUGAUGAACCGCAUGCCCUUCUUCCCCCGUGCCUCAGGUUUUACCAUCAACGACAGUCAUCUGUAUCAAGUUGGUGGGGACUUCAACAUCCACUUCGCAAUACCUGCAGAAUCUACAGAGCGCAUUACAACACAAUUACUGGGGAAACGGAAAGAGCGUGAUCUCGACAAAGGCGAUGCGGAAGCAGAUGGACCCAGAAAGAGAUUUGAAGAAGUUCGCGAUGAAAUUCCGAGUCCGGACGGCCUGAUGACUGUACAUCCAAAGGACAUAGACUUGCAAAGACAACUAACAAGUGGUUCGAAUCAUUGCACACACUCGGCGAUCUACGAAGGGCGCAUUGUGGCGGUCAAGGUUUUCCAUGGUCCUCGAGCUAAGCAGAGUUGGAAGUUCAAUCUUACUUUGGCUAAAAACUUUUUGUGA